GGGUGAGCCGGCCCUGAAAAAACUGGACAUUUCUUCAGUGUACCGAGCUGGAUGCCAUGCGGUUCCUUUGAGGGGAGACCCUCGGCUUCCACCAGUCCCAAGCUCUGCUUUGCUUUAUUCGCUCUAGUUCUUCUCAGCCUCUUCAUUCAUCCUCCGCUGCUCCCUCCCCUUUCUAGCUUCCCGUCGCCUCUUCUCCUCCCUUUCCCCCUCCCCUGGUCCCUCCCUCCCUCCUCCCUGCCGCGGCGGCUCCUCCACUUCCCUCUGUAACUCCCCGGCUCAGCUGCUGCUCGCUGGUGGUGCCGGCUCCGGAAAAUGUCUGAGCGAGGCGGCUUCUAUAAGCAGGAAUUGAAUAAGACCGUGUGGGAGGUCCCCCAGCGCUACCAGCACCUGACCCCGGUGGGCUCGGGAGCUUACGGCUCUGUGUGUUCAGCGUAUGAUACCAAAACAAGACAGAAGGUGGCAGUCAAAAAGCUGUCGAGACCAUUCCAAUCCCUUAUUCAUGCCAGAAGGACUUAUCGGGAGCUUAGAUUACUCAAGCAUAUGAAACAUGAAAAUGUAAUAGGAUUACUAGAUGUUUUUACACCUGCAACAUCAAUAGAAAAUUUUAAUGAAGUGUAUCUUGUCACAAAUUUAAUGGGUGCGGACCUGAAUAAUAUUGUGAAGUGCCAGAAACUGACAGAUGACCAUAUACAAUUUCUUAUAUAUCAGUUACUUCGUGGACUUAAGUAUAUUCAUUCGGCUGGAAUCAUUCACCGGGACUUGAAACCCAGUAACCUAGCUGUAAAUGAAGACUGUGAAUUAAGGAUUUUAGACUUUGGGUUAGCCCGGCAAACUGAUGAUGAAAUGACAGGUUAUGUAGCAACACGAUGGUACAGAGCACCAGAAAUCAUGUUAAAUUGGAUGCAUUAUAAUCAAACAGUUGACAUUUGGUCAGUUGGAUGCAUCAUGGCAGAACUGCUGAAAGGCAAGGCCCUUUUUCCUGGAAACGACUAUAUUGACCAGCUAAAACGAAUAAUGGAAGUGGUUGGUACACCCAGUUCUGAGCUUCUCAAGAAAAUCUCAUCAGAGCAUGCCAGAAAGUACAUAGAAUCUCUACCGCAUAUGCCUCAACAGGAUCUAAAAACAGUAUUUCGUGGAGCUACCCCAUUAGCUGUGGAUCUUCUUGAGAAAAUGCUUAUCCUGGAUAGUGAUAAAAGAAUAACUGCCUCAGAAGCACUUGCACAUCCAUACUUUGUACAAUAUCAUGAUCCUGAUGAUGAACCUGAGGCAGAGCUAUAUGAUGAGUCAAUAGAGAAUAAAGAACGGAUCAUAGAUGAAUGGAAAGAGCUUACAUAUGAAGAAGUAAUAAGCUUCAAACCACCUGAUUUAAAGAUGGAUAGCCUUGAAAUUGAACAAUAAAUCCAAAGAGCAUAUGUUUUUGCCUUGCUGUACCAUGAAGACUAUUAAGCACAUAGCAUUGUAAUUUAAUGUCAUAUGCCACAAACAUAGAUUUUACUAUCCAAAGAUCUUGGAAAAGCAAACAAUGCUGAAGAAAAAUGUUGCCUGUGGGCCUGUUUUGCCUUCUACUACGAAUGUAAUAAUUACAGAACAUUAAGAACUGCUUCAUUCUGACAAAUGAUGCACUGAGCUUUUUUAACUGUGUCUUCUCUGCAUGUCCCAUUUUAUUGCUCGUGAUGCCAAAAAUGAAGGCGAUUUUUUUGUAUUAUUUUAGAGUUGUACAAUUAAAGCAUGAAUGUGUGAAACAAUAGUCCAUACAGGCAACUUGUUUUUAAGACUUACCUUAAUUCUGUAUUAUUUUGCUUUUUAAAAAAAUUAUAGUUUGUGCCUUUAAGAAAAAGGGCCGCUGUAGCAAGUUAGGCAUAAUAAGUAGUCAUAUCUGUAAUUGUUUCAUGAACAUGAUAGGAGUUUGAGUGAUUUAAGCAUCAGUCCAUAAAUGUUGUUUUCUGAUGUCAUUAAAGUCUGUCAUCACUUUUUAUGUAGCCGUAGAACAGUGCAGAGCAGUUUUAUUCGUGACCCACCAAAGUGGUCCACUGUUGUGCCAAGCGUAAAUGUGGAAUUUAGUUCAGGUUUGAGUACUUUUUGAAGAUCUAGCUCUUCACAAGAGCACUUUCUCUGUAUGUUGGAGUGCCUGUCUUCCUUAUCCUUUCUCUCCUCCUCCUCAAUAAAAUGUUUUGAAAACAA